AUGUCGAAGGAUGAAAGCGACAGUAUUCCAUUAUUGGAGUUAGAUGAUAUUAGUCCUAUUAAAUUGAACACAAAUACCGACGAAAAUAAACAGCCAAGUCCAUCGAUGCUCUUUACAAAAAUUACACCAUCUCUAAAGAAGGGACUGAUGAUGAGACAAUCUCGACUUGCAUCUUAUACAGUCGAGAAUAAUGAAAAGAUGAUGUCCUCAAGAAUAGAUAAACAUAAGGCAGGUAAUAUAUUGCAAAGUGAUGAAGAUGAAGUGAUAGAAGCCAGUCCUAUGCAAAGAUGUGUUGCAUCUAAAGUAAAAAAUUGUUUAAAACUCAAGAGAAAAAUUCCUGUAAAACGUUUGGAUUUUUCAUUAUGUCAAAUGGAAAAUAAAUUAAAAGAUAAAGUUGACAUAAAUUCUAAGAAAGGACAUCUAAGAAAGGACAUUUCAGAGCAUCAGCUUAACAUGCGAUGUAAAGCUGACAGAGCAAAAUUAAACGGCUGGGAUUGCUGGGAAUGCAGAGAA